GGGGCCGCUAUUUCAGCGGAGUCCCUGUCGCGGCGUUGGCAGUUGGGCUGCUGGAGUGCGGCGCCACGGAGGAGGACGCGGGGAGCCGGCGGGCGGCGGGCAAGGGGGUGGCGGAGACGCGAGCGGCGGCCGCGGGGCGCAGGACAGGGUCCGCAGAGCUGCAGCCUUCAAAGGCCAGCCCUCUCCUAGCUCGGGGCUGGGCCCCAGCCGUGACAAGGCGGUAGCCCCGCGCACACCAAAGAGGAGGCGGCUGUGGCGGCAGCGGCAGCCCUAGCCAUGCUGUGCUAUGUGACGAGGCCGGACGCAGUGCUGAUGGAGGUGGAGGUGGAGGCGAAAGCCAACGGCGAGGACUGCCUCAACCAGGUGUGCAGGCGAUUGGGAAUCAUAGAAGUUGAUUAUUUUGGACUGCAGUUUACGGGUAGCAAAGGUGAAAGUUUAUGGCUCAACCUGAGAAACCGGAUCUCCCAGCAGAUGGAUGGGUUAGCCCCUUACCGGCUUAAACUGAGAGUCAAGUUCUUCGUGGAGCCUCAUCUCAUCUUACAGGAGCAGACUAGGCACAUCUUCUUCUUGCACAUCAAGGAGGCCCUCUUGGCAGGCCACCUCUUGUGCUCCCCGGAGCAGGCGGUGGAGCUCAGUGCCCUCCUGGCCCAGACCAAGUUUGGAGACUACAACCAGAACACUGCCAAGUAUAACUACGAGGAGCUGUGUGCCAAGGAGCUCUCCUGUGCUGCCUUGAACAGCAUUGUUGCAAAACACAAGGAGUUGGAGGGGACCAGCCAGGCUUCAGCUGAAUACCAAGUUUUGCAGAUUGUGUCAGCAAUGGAAAACUAUGGCAUAGAAUGGCAUUCUGUACGGGAUAGCGAAGGGCAGAAACUGCUCAUUGGGGUUGGACCUGAAGGAAUCUCACUUUGUAAAGAUGACUUUAGCCCAAUUAAUAGGAUAGCUUAUCCUGUGGUGCAGAUGGCCACCCAGUCAGGAAAGAAUGUAUACUUGACGGUCACCAAGGAGUCUGGGAACAGCAUCGUGCUCUUGUUUAAAAUGAUCAGCACCAGGGCAGCCAGCGGACUCUACCGAGCAAUCACAGAGACACACGCGUUCUACAGGUGUGACACAGUGACCAGUGCCGUCAUGAUGCAGUAUAGUCGUGACUUGAAGGGCCACUUGGCAUCUCUGUUUCUGAAUGAAAACAUUAACCUUGGCAAGAAGUAUGUCUUUGAUAUUAAAAGAACAUCAAAGGAGGUGUAUGACCAUGCCAGGAGGGCUCUGUACAAUGCUGGUGUCAUGGACCUCGUUUCAAGAAGCAACCAGAGCCCUUCAAACUCGCCUCUCAAGUCCUCGGAAAGCAGCAUGAACUGCAGCAGCUGUGAGGGCCUCAGCUGCCAGCAGACCCGGGCGCUGCAGGAGAAACUGCGCAAGCUGAAGGAAGCCAUGCUGUGCAUGGUGUGCUGCGAGGAGGAGAUCAACUCUACCUUCUGUCCCUGCGGCCACACUGUGUGCUGUGAGAGCUGCGCCACCCAGCUGCAGACUGAAAACGAAGAGCAGUCUCCUUGGGAAGAGAAAGCCGAGCUUGCUGAGUGAGAGACGGAGCCUCAUGGUGUACAACUGACGGUGGUUAACUCAUCAAUUCUCCCAAGCACUCCAUCCCAGCUUCACCCACUGGUGUCCCUUCACUGGAACUGUCAAGCCUUUUAUAGCCUUACCAGAAGUAUUUAGAUAUUGUGUCCUUUUCUGUGUUUCUUGGGUUUUGUUGUGUUUUUUUAAGUAACUGCUUAAGUACUAACUUUGGGCUGUCCCCUCUGUAUGUUUUGGAGGGGCUUUGGUUCUUUUUGCUUCCGUAUUCUUAAACAUGUUUUCCACUCCCACUUGGGCAUUUUGGAAGCUGGUCAGCUAGCAGGUUUUCUGGGAUGUCGGGAGACCUAGAUGACCUUAUCAGGUGCAAUACUAGCUAAGGUAAAGCUAGAAACCUACACUGUCACUUUACUGAGAUUUCCGAGUAUACUUUUCAUAUUGCCUUAAUGUAGCAGUAAUGUGUUUAUGCAUUUGUUUCUUUGCACAGACAUUUUGUCAAAUAUUAAAACUCUACUUUUUUAUGGCACAUAUUAGCAUAUAAGCCUUUAUUCCAAGAGGUAUUUAUUUUUUCACUUGUAAAAAAAAAUGUUUCCACGUAAAGAACUCUGUUAUAUCCUAGAGGACUCUGUCUUUUAUAUUCAGGAUAAUAAAGACUUUAA